AUCUUGGUGCCAUCAAUGGAUUGGCUAACAAUAAUGCAUUGCGUGCUAUUAAUGUCAAUCAGUUUAGAGGCGGAGCUCUUCAAAUAAGAAAUACUGUUUCAGCCAAUAAUAAUGCAAUCGCCACACCAUUACCCGUUUCUACACAAUCAACUUCUCAAAGACGAGAAGGACAAUUAUUACGACCCAGUCAAUUGGAACCAGGUGAAAUAUAUCGGGGUCCAGAUCUGCGCUUGAAUGACCAAGAAUGGUUUCGAAUGAAUGAAACAACAGACCGUCUUAGUGCUUUAGCAGGUCCAUCUACUUUACAAUCAUUAAUAGAUACAAUUACUAAAGGAGUAGUUCAUAAAUUUUCUUCCUUCUUACCUAAGAAAAAUAAAGGUAAUAU